AUGGAGAUUAACAAUGUUAAUGUUCCUAAAUCAGCUCGUCGAUAUGUAGAUUAUCAUCCAAGUGUUUGGGGUGACUAUUUCCUUGCAUAUGAUUCUUCAAUUACGGAUAUUGAUCAUGAAGAAGAAGGAGAAGUUGAACGACUUAGAGAUGAAGUGAAGAAGAUGUUAAUAGAAGCUCAUCAUGAUACAUCAACAAUAAAAUUAUUAGAGGUUAUUGACAAUACCCAACGAUUAGGAGUAUCAUAUCAUUUUGAAAAAGAAAUUGAGGAAUCACUUAAACACAUCUACAACAAUAUGAAUUGUGAUGAAUUUGAUGACGAUAAUAAUCUUGAGAUUGUUGCUCUUCGAUUUCGAUUACUAAGACAAGAUGGAUAUAAUGUCUCAUGUGAUGUCUUCGAAAGAUUUAAGGACGAUGAAGGGAAUUUCAAGAAAGAAUUGGCUAGCGAUGUGAAAGGAAUUUUGAGUUUAUAUGAAGCAGCACAUCUCGGAAUUAGUGGAGAGAAUAUUUUAGAGGAAGCAUUAGUUUUCACUACCAAAUGCCUUAAAUCUAUGGUGCCUAAAUUAAGUGGAUAUGUUGUUACACAUAUAAUCCAUGCCUUAAAAAUGCCAAUUCGUAGAACCUUAGCAAUAGUAGCAGCAAGGCAAUACAUAAAUAUGUAUCAAGACAAUCCUGAACAUAGAAAAGUACUACUACAAUUUGCACGUCUAGACUUCAACAUGUUGCAAAAGUUACAUCAAAAAGAGCUAAGUGGCAUUACAAGGUGGUGGAAAGGUUUAAAUGUUGAAAAAAACUUUUCAUUUGCUCGAGAUCGUUUGGUAGAAGCCUAUUUUUGGAUGAUAGGAGUGUACUUUGAGUCACAAUAUUGUAGGGCGCGAAGAUUUACAACCCAAAUAAUCUCCCUUGCGUCCAUAUUAGACGAUUUGUAUGAUGUUUAUGGAACACAUGAUGAACUUGAAAUGUUCACGGAUGCCAUUCAAAGAUGGGACAUAAAUGCAUCACAACAACUACCCCCAUACCUAAAGCUACUAUACCAAUAUAUUUUUGAUACUUAUGCUGAAAUGGAAGAGUUGUUGGCAAAGGAAAACACAUCCUAUCGAGUUCACUAUGCAAAAAAUGAGUUAAAGAAAUUGGUGAGAGCAUAUCACCAAGAGUUCAAGUGGUAUCAUAGUGGAUAUGUUCCAACAUUUGAGGAGUAUCUGAAAGUUGCACUGGUAACUUCAUGUUAUAUGAUGCUUUCAACAACUUCAUUGGUUGGUAUGGAAGAAGAGUUAGUGAAUGAGGAGAAUUUUAAGUGGAUUACAAGUGAACCUUUAAUGGUAAAAGCUUCUUCUAUAGUUUGUAGAUUGAUGGAUGACAGGAUUGGACAUAAGUUUGAACAAGAGAGAGGACAUGUAGCAUCAGCAGUUGAAAGCUAUGUAAAAGAAUUUGAAUGCUCAAAGCAAGAGGCUUACGUGAAGCUUGAGAAACUUGUUGUCAAUGCAUGGCAAGACUUAAAUAAAGAAUCCCUUCAACCAAUGCCAGCUCCCAUGCUUGUCCUCAUGCGUGUACUCAAUUUUGCCAGGGCCAUCAAUCUCAUCUACAAGGAUGAAGAUAUAUACACAAACUCCAAAACCAAGCUAAAGGAUAUCAUUACUAAAGUAUUGGUCCAACCAUUCAAAAUAUAA